UGAAAGAAAAAAUAAUUCGAAGACUUCCAAGAUCUCAGUGCACCAUCAUCGACUAGUUGAAUGCCUUCCUCACUCGGAUGUUGAAGCUUCCUCGUCUUCGUCCUCCUCGUCAGAAUGAAGCUUCUUGUUUCCGUCCUCUUCAUCUCCCUCUGCUUUUCCUCUUCUAUUCUUCCCGCUAUUGCUCGUGGCGGCCUGCCCAACUCCAACCCCUCAGGUUACGGAUAUGGUACUGAAACCGGUGCUGGCAGGCACUUGUUUGGGGACGAUGGAUCCCAGACAAGUGUUGAUGUCGCGCAAGGGUACAUGACUAAUUCUGACCUGGAGAAGGCCAUUCAGGACUUUGGCCGAAGGUGCAGCAACAUUUCCAGGGUUUACAGUAUUGGGGAGAGUGUCAAUGGGGUUCCUCUGUGGGUAAUUGAAAUUUCCGAUAAGCCGGGGGAGGAAGAGCCUGAACCUGCAUUUAAGUAUAUUGGCAACGUGCAUUGAGAUGAACCUGUAGGUCGUGAGCUUCUAAUGCAUCUUGCUAAUUGGAUAUGUGACAACUAUUUGACGGAUCCUGUGGCAACAUUGAUCGUGGAGAAGGUGCAUCUUCAUAUAUUACCAUCUAUGAAUCCUGAUGGAUUUUCACUACGGAGACGUGGUAAUGCAAAUGAUAUAGACCUAAAUCGAGAUUUUCCGGAUCAGUUCUUUCAUAUGAAUGAUGAUGUGGAUGUGCUGCAACCUGAAACAAGAGCAAUAAUGAAGUGGCUGAGAAGAAUACAUUUCACUGCAUCUGCCAGCUUGCAUGGGGGUGCACUUGUUGCAAAUUAUCCAUGGGAUGGCACUCAGGAUAAAAGGAGAAUGUACUUUGGAUGUCCUGAUGACUCAACAUUCCGGUUCUUGGCUAGUGUGUAUAGUCGUUCUCACUAUAACAUGUCCUUGAGCAAAGAAUUUGAAGGAGGAAUUACAAAUGGAGCUUCCUGGUAUCCCAUAUAUGGAGGCAUGCAAGACUGGAACUACAUACAUGGCGGCUGUCUGGAAUUGACAUUAGAGAUUAGUGACAACAAAUGGCCUCCUGCUAAUGAGCUUCUGACUCUUUGGGAAUACAACAGAAUCAGCAUGCUUAAUCUCGUUGCUAGCCUAGUACAGACAGGAGUACAUGGAAUGAUCAUUUCCUCAGAUGGUGGGAAGCCAUUGCCAGGUGCUAUUGCAAUCAAAGGAAUAGAUUACAUGGUAGAAGCUGGUACAGCCUUUGCAGAUUACCAUCGCUUGCUUGCCCCUGGUGGAAGAUAUGAAGUCACAGCCAUUGUCCCUGGUUACAAAUCAAAGACCACAGUUACUUGGUUGGAAAAAUCAGGCACAAAUGUCGAUUUUGUUCUCGAUCCUGAAGUUGAUUUUUGGAGAUGGGAUAGUAUGAACAUCAUGUGGGGUACCCGUAUGGAAGUAUAUAUGCUUAUGAUUGUUAUUGCGGGAUUCUUUUUAUUUUUAUGCAGAAGGAGGACUAUUAGUCGAUUAAAACAGAGACAAUUAGCAGGACUGAAAAGGCUAGGCGUGGUUUAAGGCUGUAAAUUGUUUUUCUUUUGUAGGAUUGUUUUCCUAUAUCUUUAGGAAAACACACCACAGAUUUGUUUUAUAGACAAAAUAUACAUCAAAAUUGCACUCAUUCAUUUCAAGAAGGCUAUAGUGCCAAAGUCCGUCUCUGGACGUUACUGUGGUGGUUGCAAAGCCUAAAUAUGAAGACAACGACAAUCUGCCCAUUAUGUCACACACUGAUGUUACCUCCUCUCUGGCACUUGCUGGUAAUGAUGCGUAUUGGCAUCUCCAGAAGACUUGGGAGCUGCCCAACGUCGAGCAACUCAAUCAAUAACUGCUCACACGUUCGCUGGUAAAGUAGCUUGGUCUGCUCGACCUGUGUUGUUUUAAACUGCGAGCUUGGGUCCUUGAUUGGGGUUUCAGGAUUCAGAAAAGGAAGAGGAUGAAACAUCAGUCCUAGCAUAUGACCCUGUUGAGAUCGAAAUAAGGUGCUGAGAGCCUGAGAGGCCAUGAGAGGCCAUGCUUCUUUGAUGUUGCAGGAAUGUAAUGGCAUCAGACGGUUCACCUAUUGAAGAGAUCAAUCUGACCUCCUUUUUGAGUGUGUGUUACUCUCUAUCAUCAACAUUCCACAUUUUUCCACGACUAUAACUUCUCGUUUGGGUGGU